AUGUUAUAUUUAAAACCUUUGCUACUCAAAUGUAACACAUCAAUUUGCACCACACUUUACACCUCACCAACCCGUCUCCUCCCCUCAUCUGUUAAAAGAUUCACUCACAUCAUCAAAAGACCCCCCAUCGUGUCUAUUCUAGGUCAUGUAGAUCAUGGGAAAACCACUCUAUUGGAUAAUUUGAUUAAAAAUUAUCAAAUCCAAAAUAGAAUCACUCCAGAGACAACAAUCACUUCCACAGAAUUCGGGGGCAUCACUCAAAAGAUUUCCACUUUUUCAUUACAUUUGAAAAAUAAUUUGAACAUUACAAUCUUGGAUACUCCAGGUCAUAAAACUUUUUCCAAAAUGAGAAAACGUAAUACUCAGAUCCCUGAUAUCCUCUUACUGUUAGUAUCCAUUCAAGAUGGGAUCUUGACUCAAACAGUCGAAACCAUUAACCAUUUAUCUUCAAUUAUUCAAGAGGCAAAUGAAAAUGAUGAAAAUCCUCCAAAUGUUAUUGUAGUGGUUACAAAAUUGGAUUUAAUUAAAGAUAGUAAUGAAAGGAAUAAAAAAUUAAAUAAAAUUAAAAAUGAUUUAUUAAAUUAUAAUAUUGUCAUUGAAGAAUUCGGAGGUGAUAUUCAAUUCAUCCCCAUCUCUUCCAUCACUGGAUUUGGUAUGAAUGAUUUAAUUGAUUCCAUGGUAGCAUUGACUGACAUUUUACAAUUGGAUUCAGAUUUGGAUUCUCCAAUUAAAGCAGAUGUCAUUGAAACUUCUGUAAAUAAUAAAAUUGGAGGCAAAAUUGUAAAUGUACUGGUAAAACAAGGUAAUAUUAAGCAAGGUUCCAUUUUAAUUGGGUCUCAAUCAGGUGCUUGGUGUAAAGUACGUCGUAUUCUUUCAAAUUCUCCUCAAUCAAGAUCAAUUGAUGAUAAACAAGAAAUUAUACCUAUUGGUGGACCUUCACAAGUUGUAUCCACUUUAGGUUGGAAAAAUUUAGAUGUUAUUGUUGGUGAGCAAAUUAUUGGCCUACGUAAUGAAUCAGAUGCAAAGAAAUUGUCAAAGGAAAUUUUGAAAAAUAUUGAAAAUGAAAAUGUUAAUAAUAAUACUAGCACUAACAAUAACACUUUGGAAACUUCGGAUUCAGAUUCAGAAAUUGUUAAACCUAAAACUAAAAAAAUCAAUUUCAUUAUAAAGGCAGAUACACAAGGUUCAUUAGAAGCUGUUAUAGAUUCCAUUAGAAAUUUUGGUAAUGAUGAAGUUAGAACUUGUAUUGUAGCUUAUUCAGUGGGUCAACCUACUAUUAAUGAUAAAAAAUUAGCAGAAAUUACAAAUUCUACCAUUCUUUGUUUUAAUCUUGAUAAUAGCAAUUCCAUUAAACCAGAUUCAAAACCAAAUGAAAAUGAAAAAAUAAAAAUUAAAUAUUAUAAUGUCAUUUAUAAAUUAAUCGAUGAUGUUACAGAAAUAUUAACUGAAAAUUUACCACAACAUUAUGAAACAAAAAUUUUAGCCACUUUAACUAUUAAAGAAGUUUUCAAUUAUAAACAACGUAAUAGUACUUAUUUGAAAAUUGCAGGUUGUAAAGUAUUAAAUGGUAAAAUCAUGCAUAACUCAAAUGUUAAAAUUAUUAGAGAUGAUGAAGAAAUUUAUAAAGGUAAAGUAAAAUCAUUAAAACAUGGUAAAGAUGACGUCACAGAAUUAAAUAAAGGUAAUGAAUGUGGGUUGGUAUUAGAUGAUUUCGAUGACUUCUUAGCAAAUGAUAUAAUUGAAGCUUUUGAAGAUGUUCCAUUACCAAAAACUUUAUAA